UGUUCUAGUGACGGACAUGUUUUUCCUGGUGUUACAAUUGCUCGGUGUUUUUGUGAUUCCCAUUCUCGGAGACGGAGUGUACUUCUCUUAUGGCGUUGGAGUGGAAGAUUGGGGAUUGAUCAGCAAGUAUUGCGAUGGUUUAAAGCAAAGCCCGAUUGCGCUGGAAAGUUGGGAUACGGAAGAUGGCCCAAUCAAUAAGCCACCCUUGCAAAUCCUGAACUGGGAGGUGAAUCCAACCAGGGUAGUGGUGAAGAACACGGGACAAACAGUGGCCUUCUUUAUGACCUACCCGGCAAAUCGACAGCUCCUUCUUCGAGGUGGUCCCCUGAACGGUUCCUUUGCCUUCGCCGGACUGCACUUCCACUGGGGCUCGGAACAUGUGGAUGAUGAGAAGCGAUACCCGAUCGAGAUGCACAUCGUCUUCUACAACCGAUGGUACACUUCCUUUGAAGAAGCACAAUACCAACCGAAUGGGCUGGCCGCGGUCGGAUUCUUCUUCGAACCAAAUCGAAAUGCCAGAACGAUGCGCUGGGUGGAUUCCUUGAAAAGUAUCACCCGCUGGGGAGCGACCUAUCAGUUCCAGAAUCCUUACCUCAUGAACCUGAAGGCGAUGAUCGGUCAGUUCAAACCGUACUUUGCCUAUUCCGGAAGCUUGACAACGCCGCCUUGCUACGAAACUGUCACUUGGAUUAUCCAACGGGACCCACUGAUUAUGACCCCGGUCCAGAUGAAUCUCUUCCAGUCGCUGAGAUCCAAGACCGGAUAUCUACGGAGCAACUAUCGACCGCUGCAGGAUGUUAACGAUCGGAUAGUUUACCUGAAAGCCAAGCGGGAACAGAUGCGCAAUAAGCGGAACUUCACGAAGAUCAUCUGGAGCUACACGAAUUUUGCCACGGUUGCCGAGUUUUUCCUGACGUUGAUGGAAAUCAUUACUUUGUGCCAUGAGAACCAAACCGGUAGCGAUCAUGAAGAAUAA